AUGAAAUGGGUUUCUGCUGAUUAUGAUAAACUGAGCCGUAGUACAACGCUACUAAUAUACAAUACUGACAUUUUCGAUGUUCGUUGUUUGAAGGCCGUCCUUCAUUUGGCGGUCUUUAGUCCGUUCUGGUUGGCGGUCUAUUUAGGCAGGUCCCUAGUUGUCUGUUUUGCACUGUGUUACUCUCUGGUUACUGCUUAUGUUUUAAAAGUGUCCACUUUUCUGUGAUAUAGAAUUCCUUAGACGACAGGGACCAAAUGGAAACUCAAUUAAUGUUUCUUACUUUCUCCUAUAUGAUGUUCGUGUUGAAUAAUGGGAGUUCACUUCCCCCAUUGAAUCUUAUAACCAUGGCUACUGUAAUCGAAGCAAAUGGGCCAGUUUACAAUGGACCUGGAGCCAGCAAACCUAGCUCCCCAUUUGUACUCUGUAAUCUUGAGUUAUCUCAGCGUGCUGCUGUAGAAAAGGCCAAAAAGUAUGCAAUGGAACAAAGUAUACGUUCGGUGCUUUUGCGUCAAACUCAGUCACAGCAGUCUCUUCAACUAAAUAAUAUAAAAAAGAAUCAAACUGUUGCACUUCUGAAUCGGGUUUACGUUGGUUCAAUAGCAUAUGAUGUAAAGGAAGACAGUCUAAAACAAGUGUUUUCACCGUUUGGUCCUAUUAAGUCUGUGAAUUUAAGUUGGGAUCCUUCUACACAAAAGCAUAAAGGGUUCGCAUUUCUUGAGUUUGAAUACCCCGAAGCUGCACAAUUAGCUAUUGACCAAAUGAACGGUACUAGCUUUGGUGGGAGGCAGUUAAAAGUCGGUAGACCAAGUAACCUAACAAACGCCGAACCUGUCAUAAAUGAGCUAGUUAAUGAGCACAAUCUUCAUAACCGCAUUUACGUUGCUGGCAUACACUUAGAUCUCACUGAAGAUGAUGUUUCUUUAGUAUUUGAAGCUUUUGGGAAAAUAGUGUUUUGCAAGCUUCAACCUGAUCCAACUAGACCGAUGCGCCAUAGAGGUUUUGGUUACAUAGAAUAUGAAUCCACUCAGAGUGCAGCUGAUGCUGUUGGUAGCAUGAAUCAGUUCAAUCUUGGUGGACAGCUUUUGAGAGUAUGCAAAGCUAUCUCACCCCCCGAUGGUAUUUCAAGUGCCAGUUCUUCUAAUCUCCCACCAGCGGCAGCAGUGGCUGCGGCUUCGGCCACUGCUAAAGUUCUAUCAAUGGAAACAGAGCAGCUCCCUGUGAAUUCUUAUUCAAAGCAACCCGAAGUGGCUCAUCCUGUAGUACUGAAUACUCUGUCCUCCACAACAACACAGUCUACCAAUCUUACCAACAGCUCUUUACCUACAUGUUCUCCCACAACAGUCCCAACUACUGGUCAACCAACACUUGAUCAGCCCUCAUUAAGUGCUGACUUUAAUGCAACAUUCACACAUGUGAAUAAUUACAAUGAGAAUUCUAAUGCUGUUGCUGUAGGGACUUGGCAACCUGAGGUGCCUGGGCAAUAUUCACAUGCCCAACCCUCCUCUGGAUCUCCAAGUAGCUUCACAUCUCAUUCUGCUUCCUCCGGAAAUCCAAACUUUUUCUCAGGCGGUGUUUUGAUUUUACGUAAUAUGGUCGGUCCAGAAGAUUGUGAUGACGAACUGGAAGGAGAAGUGGCCGGAGAGUGUUCUAAAUAUGGAUCGGUUGAAAAAGUGUUAAUUCACCAAGGCAGUGCUCAUGAGACAAAUGAAGAAUUCGUCAAUAUUUUUGUUGUAUUUUCUGACCCAUGUUCAGUACACAAUGCUGCAAAUGCAUUAAAUAAGCGCUACUUCGCUGGAAGACAAAUAACUGCCGAGCCAUAUGAUGUGGAAGCUUUUAUGAUGAAUGACUUAUCUCGUUAACUUUUUAGGUGUACCGUUUCUUCUAACAGCCUUGUUUCUUGUAAAUACUAAAUAUAGAC